AUGAAUUCCGCUGCCCCUUUAUGUGACAAUUGUCUUUACGUUAUUCGAAAUCGCCGCCUAUUCAAACAGUUUGAAAAUUCUCGUUCUCAACUUGGGCAACAUGCGAAAAUAACGUUCGUCUACCAUGGAUCGCCUCGCGAAUGUUUAAGAGCUAUUGCUGAAAAUGGCUUUUUAGAACCGAAACGAGUAAAACAAAUGUCAAGUAAUGACUUAGAAUCAAAUAAGAUGAAAAUUCUCGACGCUGGUUAUUUCGGUCAAGGUAUCUAUCAGGGAUUUGAAGCCGAUUAUGCCAUUCAUUGUGCUAAAUCUGACAAGCAUUCGGACGAAAUUAUGCUCUAUGCUGUGCUGCCAGACCGAUCGUAUACUAUCAAGAAAGGUGACGAAAAGUAUGGACGAAGUUGUGAAUCAGGCUUUUACUCACACAUACCACCCGACGCUAAAGAGAUCGUAUUAUUUCAAUCGGCACACAUAUUACUCAUAUUUAUUAUUCGUUUUGUACGCGUGCCUAAUUCAGAGAUUGUUGAAGAGGAUCCUUGA